AAAGCUUACGCUCAAAUAAAUGUGUUACUCCCUAAGGUGUCACGAGUCCUCCUGUUCUUUUUGCGGAUACAGACGAACACAGCUGCUACUCUGAAGUCUGAGGAAGUUUCUGAUCUGGUGUGGAGCCCGGUUCCCCUUUGCGAUCCCGGUUCCCCUUUGCGAUCCCGGUCCCAGUCGGAGGGAAAUGAAACCCAGCUGGUGGUGAAGAUCUGGCUGGAAAAGCCACAGCGGGGCUGGGUCGGACCAGACCCGAGCCGGCCAGCCCCCCGGAGCGCUGCCCGGAGAGACCCCCCUGCGCCUUGGUGGGAUUCCAGGACGAUGAGCCGACCCCAGAGGAUCUGGGGGGCGCUGCCCCCCCUCUUCCUCCUCCUCCUCCUCCCCCUCGGCGCCGCCUACAAGCCGGUCGUGGUCGUGCACGGCCUUUUCGACAGCCCCUCGGACUUCAGCCCGCUGCUACACUUCAUCAACCAGACCCACCCGGGCACCAACGUGACGGUCGUGGAUCUCUUUGACCACAGCCAGAGCCUGAAGCCGCUCUGGGUGCAGGUGGAGGGUUUCCGACGGGCCAUUUCGCCCAUCAUGCAGAACGCGGCCAACGGGGUGCAUCUCAUCUGCUACUCGCAGGGGGGGCUCAUCUGCCGAGCUCUGCUCUCCACGAUGCCUGAUCACAACGUCGACACCUUCAUCUCUCUGUCCGCCCCCCAGAUGGGGCAGUACGGCGACACCCGGUACCUGCGCUGGCUGUUCCCCAGGUACGUGAAGUCCAACCUCUUCCGGUUCUGCUACACCCACCUGGGCCAGGACGUCUCCAUCUGCAACUACUGGAAUGACCCACAUCACCGGGACCUUUAUCUCAACACCAGCAACUUCCUCGCCCUGCUCAACAGUGAAAGGGUUAAUCCCAACGCCACAGCCUGGAAGAGGAAUCUCGUGCGGAUCCAGAAGCUGGUUCUGGUCGGGGGUCCGGACGACGGGGUCAUCACGCCCUGGCAGUCCAGCCUCUUCGCUUUCUACAACCUCAACGAGACGGUGAUGGACAUGGAGCAGCAGCUGGUUUACCUGCAGGACAGCUUCGGGCUGAAGACGCUGGAUGCCCGCGGUGCCAUCACCCGGUGCCUGGUGCCCGGGGUGCCCCACACGGCCUGGCACUCCAACCGCACCGUCUACGAGGCCUGCCUGGCCCCCUGGCUCUCCUAGCCCGGGGAGGACGGGGGGGCACCCCGCCUUUUCAAUUGCAACCCUCCCGGCCACACCACCCUGUUUGGGUGUUUGGAGCAGGAGGUUUCCUCGGGGAGGGUCCGGGGGGCUGGAAUUGCGGGGGAGGCUGGGAAUGGGACGUUGGGAAGGUGGGGUCCGGGGGGGGGGGCUGGGGUCCUUUUCCCGGUCAGAAAACGAUUGUAAAAGAUUUGGGGGGUGACAGGGUUUGAACCGGCCCAUAGUUCAUAUCAUGGCUGCCUGGUUGGGGGGGCUGCCCUGGGAGGGCUCAGUUUGGGGGUGACUCAGCCCCCCCAGCCAGGCAGGUUCCAGUAUUAACCCUUUCGUGCCUGGCACAAGGGGGCCAACCGAGCUGCCAUGUUCGUGUGGGACUCAGGGAUUUCAGGGGGGCUUCAGAGCUCCGCUGUUGUACCCCCAAAACCAGACCCAACCCCGUCUUAGCUCAGGGGAGGGGGAGGGAGUGGAUCCCCAAAAGGGGGAAUAUUGGGGUACUUGACAUUUGGGGGUUCACAGAACUUUUUAGGUACGUUUCCAGAUGAGGCAGUGUGGGGGUUCCAUUGAAUUUGGGAGUGGAAAAUUGGGGGGAUGGAUGAGUGUAAGGGGAUUUGGGGAACUCCCUAGAGACUCUGCAGUACCCCCACACUGGGGUCAAGGAUUUGAGGGGUGACGAGGAAGGAUUUGGGGGUUCGCUAUGGGGAAUAUUAGACAUGGGAGCCCAAACUUUGGGGUGCCAAAGAUGGGUGUGGAUUCAACUGGGGAACUUAGUUGAACCCCAAGGCUUGGAAAGAGGCAUCAGCUGCAAUUGGGGGGUUCAGUUUUAGGGCCUUGAGGGUGGUUUUGGGGUGACCAAAUUUGGGGGUUGCAUUUCCAGGAGACAGUUCGGGGCUGUGGGUUUUGGGGUGUCCAGGAGAUCUGCUGGUUGGGGUCAGCAGGAAUUGUGCGUUAUAUUUUGGGGUUCACGUUGCAGCGCCUGGUUCUUGGCUCUGGGAAGUUUGGGGUCAUUGGGACAUUUGCAUGAAUUUUAGAGGUUCACUUAUUUUAGUAGUUAAGGGCUGUUGAUAUUGGGGGUUACUAGAGAAUUUGCUUGUAGUUUGGGGGUUCACUCCCCUUAAGGGAGUUCACGUGGAUUGAGUUAAGUACAUUGGCCUAUGUUAGAGGUUCAUUCAGUGGGUUGAGUUUUGGGGAACCACUUAAAUUGGGGGGGUCACUAGAAAUUUUCAUGACUUGUAGGGACUCGGGGUUAAGUUUUGGGGCUCCCUGCCUGUGAAGACUGCUAGUUUUGGGGGUCACUAGAGGUUUUGUAUUAAUUCAUCGGGUGAUUCAGUUCAGGGAACUCCAUUUAUUUGGGGGUUUGCUGGAGUUUUAGGGGUGGUAAUUUGGGGGUGGCUGGAUUUGCAUGUUAUUGGGGUUAUUUUUAUAAAUGGCUGGAGACUUGGACCCUGAGUUCAGGGGUUCUAGGAUAAUUUUGGGGGGCUGCUGGGGGUUAAUGGGACAUUAUGGGGGUGUCAUUAGUUAUAAGGUUCAGUUCAAUUCUCGGUAGCACAUUGUCAGUAUUGGGGUACUAGGCUGUAUUGCAGGGCGCGAUUCCUGCAUUUUCUGAUCCAGGUGUUUUGGGGGGGCCCGCACCUUUGCAAUCUAGGGCUGUAUUGGGGUAAUUGCAGAGCUGGCUGCAUCUGACUUGAAAUUUGGGGCUGCAGGUGUCUGGGGUACUUUGAAUUUUGGGGUGCUGUGCACAGUUGGGGUGACUGGGCAAUUGACUUGGGGGUGCAGGUUUGGGAGUCCAGCUGCCUUUGGGGGGGGCCCAGCAUCAUGGGGGCCCUAGUUUGAGGGGGCUUCAGAUUGAUGUGGGGGUGCCAGACUGAUUUUGGGGGGCUAGAGCCCAGAGGGUCAGCGUGACCAGGACACAAAAUUUGGGGGUGCAGGAGCACAAUCUUUGAGGGGGGGUCUCUGCAGCCCCCAAUUCUGAGACCCCCGUUUCUCACAGAGGGGGGCUGUUUGGGGCUCCCUGACUGGUAUGUAAAAUAUUGGGGUCCCCAGGCCCCGCCCCCUGCGCGGAUGUUUAAUAUUUAUGGAGCUGUGGGGGGGGGCUGUCUGCCUGGGAACCCCGCUGUGCCCCCCGCCCCCGGGGAGACGUAUCAUGGUGGGGGGGGUCAGUGUUACACCCCCGAUUCCGGCCUCCAUUUCCUGUGUAUUUAUAAUAAUAAAAGCACUUUGUUCCCCAG